GAAUCAUGCAGCCAUUUUGGCUCAAGCCGCUUAGCCUCGAAUCCUGACGUUUGCCCUGGGCGCGCGAAACUGCACGCAAGCGGCACGGUCACGGAUGGCCCGCGCGCUGACCGGGCUCUCCCUCCUGGGCGCCGCAUGGGCGCAGCAGGCGGGCACCCAGCAGGAGGAGGUUCACCCGGCCGUCUCGGUGACGAAGUGCGAGCCCGAAUGCGCCGAGGAGUUGCUCAUGCUGACGCUCGACUCUCAGCGCCGUUGGUUGCACAACGCGGAGCUGACCAACUGCUUCGAGGGUGAAGACUGGGACGGGCACAUCUGUCCCGAUGGGCAGACGUGUGCGACCUCCUGCGAGUUGGAGGGCAUCGACGUGGAUGCUUACUCGACGACCUACGGCGUGACCGCUGCAGAGAGUGAGGUGGAGAUCAAGUUCAUCGUCGAGACGGAGUUCGGCCAGAACGUCGGCUCGCGCCUGUACCUCAUGGAGGGCGAGGACACCUACAAGAUGUUCUCCCUGAAGAACAGGGAGAUCGCCUUCGAAGUGGACGUCAACAGCCUGCCGUGCGGCCUCAACGCCGCCCUCUACCUGGUGGAGAUGCCCGCCGACGGCGGCAAGAGCAGCGGCAACACCGCCGGGGCGAAGUUCGGCACGGGCUACUGUGACGCCCAGUGCCCCCACGACCUCAAGUUCAUCGACGGCGAGGCCAACAUCAAGGGCUGGAAGGGCGCCAUCGGAGGGGCCUACGGCGCCUGCUGCGCCGAGAUGGACCUCUUCGAGGCGAACAAGAUGGGCGGGGCCUUCACGGCCCACCCGUGCGGCAUCCAGGGCGCCAAGCGGUGCGAGGGGGCCGACUGCGGCGACGCCGACUCCGGACACUACUACCAGGGAGUGUGCGACCACGAUGGCUGCGACGUCAACCCCUACCGGCUGGGCAACAAGGAUUUCUACGGCCCUGGCCUGAAGGUGGACCCCCAGAAACCCUUCACGGUGGUUACGCAGUUCCUCACCGUCGACGGCACGGACGACGGGGACCUCGCGGAGAUCCGGCAGCACUUUGUCCAGGACGGGCAGGUGAUCAAGCACCCUGGAGCACAGGGAAUCGACGGCGUUGAGGGCAACUCCAUCACCAACGCCUUCUGCGCCGCCUCCAAGGAGGCGUUCCACCAGUGCCGUGUCAAGAACAAUCCCAACGGGGCCGCCGACCAGUUCAACAAGCACGGAGGCCUCAAGUCCAUGGGGGCCGCCCUCGACCGCGGCAUGGUGCUGGUCCUCUCGCUGUGGGACGACCCGACCAGCGGGAUGCGUUGGCUGGACUCUGCGUCGCCCGGCGACCUCGACGAGACCGUGCCAGGCGUUGUCCGGGGCCCUUGUCCCCGCCAGGCCGGCAAGGCCGUGAGGACUGAGGCGGGCGACGCGUUCGUCAAGUACUCGAACAUCAAGUACGGGCACAUCGGCGCCACCACCGAGGGCGUGCAGUCCGAGGAGCUCUCGCCGCUGGCCACCGCGCCGCUGCCGGUGACCCCGCACGCUUCCGCGGAGGUGUCCACGGACGGCAUGACUGGCGUCGUGAAGAACGUGACCGCCGCCUUCGACACCACGGCGGCCAACGCCGACCCCACCACGGGCGCGACUACUGUGGUGGACAAGACUGCUACUGUGGGCGCCACCACGGGCGUCCAGGCUACAGCAGGCGCGGGCACCGUGGUGGACAGCGCCGCUGGCGUGGGCGCCACCACGGGCGUCGUGGCUACACCAGGCGCCGCCGUCGGCACCGCGGCGGCCACCGCGGCCUCGGGCGACAUGUACGACUGCACCGAGGGGGUCGCCACUUGGCUGAGGGACUGGCCCGCCGAGAAGAAGAACUGGUGCUGCACGACCAAGCACUUUCCGCCCGGCUGCACGGCCGCCCCCGCCGCGCGCCUGUCGGACGCGUCGCUGCCCGCGCUCGCCCGCGCGCCCGGGGCAGGCCUCCUCGCUGCCAGUCUCGCUGCCGCGGCCGCGGCCGCCGCCGGGGCGACGGCCUGGCGCCGGGCGAGGCAGCGCCGCGCGGGCGGCUCCGGGGCGGAGAUCCCGCUCACGGAGAUGGAGGAGGAGCCGCUGGUGGCCUGAGCGGCCGGGCGCAGCCGAAGACCACCAGCCUUAACACAACACCAGCCCCUGGGCGAGCAGCAGCACGUCGCAGGGGAGGCCUCCUGAAUUGAAGCACACGCGUUUGCCGUGCCUCUGCCGAGGCCGUGCCGCGUCCUUUUUUUUUCCUUGCAGUUCCCCGCAGACCUCGCAAGACCCGUGGGCCGCGCUGCGCGGGAGGGAGCCGCUGUGAAUAAAGUGGAACGCGGCGUGUAGCUGCGUCUCGCGUCGGCAUUCUUCAUGUUGCUGGGCCUGCUUAGCCUGGAGGGUUUCAAUGCCUAGGGGCUGAGAGCAGUACCCCUCUCAAGUUUUUGUUGUUCGGCUAUCGCAGGCCUGCUCUGACACGGCAGUGGACAAAGAUAUCAGUGGUCCCUGCGGCCAGGCCUAACACUGCUCGCUGUGUGUACUAGGAUGCAGUCAGGCGCUCAGACCAUGUUGAUAGGGAGCGCUCGAAACCGGCGGCUGCGCUUGACAGUGGGCGCGCGCGCGGGUUGCGAGAGCCUCCGCGGAAGGACCCCGCGCUGCAAA